AUGCUCAAAAUAGCCAGCGAAAACCCCGUAUCAUCAAAUUCCUUGCAAACGCUUACACGAGCAAACAUCGAUACAUCGGCGCAGGUCUUGGGCAGUCGUGAACGCGGUGAAUUCGCCACAGAUAUAUAUGGACAGAACCAGAAUCGGCCCUUCUGCAAUGACUUUUAUAAAUCGAGGCUACAGCGACGACAAUAUAAAUGGAGUCGAAAUGAGAACGGAGCAACAACGGCUGGGUCGACCAAGACUUGGCAACGAUGACCAAACGUGUUGCGAAGCUCAAUCAAGGGCAAUUUCACACAACAUUCGUCACAUUUCCGAGGAAAGAAACCAGAGGUCGUCGGAUCGUCGCGUUCCCUGCGAAACAAGUAACGCUAAACAAACUAGAUAUUGUAACUGCUGCAUUAUUUCCCUCACUAUCGUCAUAUUGGUCGCUCCACUUGGAAUAUCAGCUUACGUAUUUUGGAGACAAAACUCAAUAAUUAACUCGAAGUGCCCGGACCAUUUAGUUGAUCCUUCGAUAACUCCGUCAAUGCAGCAAGGCCAGUCAAAAUACUCCGAAUUAAAGAAACUCGUCAAGGAGGUGAAAGAAUUGCACAAGAAAUAUCAAGAAUUACAAACUAGGGGAACACAGUCAGGUGGCAAUUCACCGGGAGGGAGCAUUCGUGACCAGCGAAAAGCAAGACAGAACUGCAGUAGCCGAGCCAAUCGCCAAUACGAUAAAUCAAUAGAAGACCUAAAAAUACGUUUAACCGAUAAAGCGGACAACAUUCAAAGGUUGUGCAAGAGCAAGAUCGCAAAACUCAACAGACGGAUUGUCACUCUCCAGGCUGGGCUACAGGAAGAGACGAACGUAUGCAAAUUCAAAAUAGAAAACAGCACUGUAGUAGAUGAAGUUAAAGGCAGGCAAAAAGUGCAGCUGAAUGAAGAAAAAAAUUCUGCGUCUCAUUUCGUCGGCGUAACGUGUUGCAGCGAUUAUAAUGCCGCGAAUGUCACCAAUUCGAUUUUGGAAGUGAACGAAACGCUUACCAACAUCACAUACGCUUGUUAUUGUGCGAGGAGGCAGAGAUGUAGUGUUUGUUAUUGGUAUUGUAGCGAGAGUUCAACGCAAUAUCGAGGCUAACAAAAAUCGUUCGCCGCGUGCGUGGUGAUUGCAGGCUCAACCCUCGUACACCGGAUUUCAAAAACAUGCCGAAGUGAAUGACGACGAUGUCGAUGAAAGAUGAAAAAACAGCCGUGCAACGACAAUGUUUGAGACUUAUUCAAACACGAACCUUUGGAAGCCUAUGGGUAAUAUGUCGUAUGGUAAAACCCGCGCAAAUGAUUACAUAUCAGGGACAUUAAUAGCGUUUUAAGGGACAAAAAGAGUCUUAUAAAACAUAUUUCCAAAAGUUUUGACUACUUAUACGUGAGAAGAAUUUGUUUCUCUACUCGCUAUUUCCUGUUUCUGCAUGUACGCGGUUAUUACUGUAUGGUGUAGUCUGCCUGGGUUUUGAGUCAUGACGGGAGCAAGAUUCAUUUGAGUCAAGACUCCAUAAUCUAGAUGAACAAAGACAGAAUAUUUGUAAUUAAUUUUGCAAAUAUGUAAGGAAAGUACUGAAUAUAUUCAGUAGUUCUUUGAGUAAAAUUUCAAGCUCUGUAAGACAAUGUUAAUUAAGUUCAAUCAAUGUUAAACUGUUCAAGAAACUUCCUAAAACGCCCGACCGGAACAGGGGGAAGUUCUUUGCCCUCACAUUUCUAAACAGCACAAUCAUUAUGCUUAUGAAAGUAAAUCGAAA